UAGCAAAAAGCAAAUGCAUUGUUUGUAAAUUGUAUUUUGUAAUAUUGCAAAUUACAAAUGUGUAUUAGAUGAGUUGGACACUAUCGUUAUCUUAAGCAAGACAAAUUUUUUUACAAAACAUUCCAUAUAUCCACAUAAAUAAGCAAUAUGAGCUAUACUUAUUCACCGUACGAAUGUCCAAUUAGCAAACAGAUUGCUGAGGCAGAGGAUACUAUUGUUGGUCUUAAAAAUAGAGUUCGUGGUUUAGAAGAUCUGUUGGAAAGCAGAGAUUUAGAUGAUGAACAACGAGAUUCGUUAGAAAAAGAGCUAAUUGAAAUUAGAAACAUUUUAGACCAUAACAGAGAAGCUCUCAAAGGAUUGCAUAAGCAAAACACAAAAUCCUUUAUUGUAGCCGGUUGUGUAAUAUUUGUUUGUUUUUUAAUUUAUGGUAUUUACUGUAUCAUAUAUAAUCCAUAUUAAAUGGUUUUUUUUACCACAUUUUUGUAACCCUUGUGUCUUGUAUUGGAUUAA